CGCGAUUUUACCUCUCACAAGACACCGUCUUACCGCCGGUUAAUUUCCACAACGGCCAAUCUCCCUCCUCCUCCACACGCGCCGAUCACCACCUCUCUCUCUCUCUGUAGGUUCCCGCGAUGUUUGCUCACCAUUCUCAACCGGAGAUCAACCCCAACCCUAAUCAGAUCGGUAGCGAAGACGAUAUCGGUCACAUUCCUUACACCGACGAAAUCCCCAAUCAUCCUGACUCAAUCUACGCUCCCAAUGGCUCUCAAUUGCCAUCACCGGAAGGAGCUGCUAACCAGCAGCUCACAAUCUCGUACCGUGGUCAGGUUUACGUUUUCGAUGACGUUGGUCUUGAAAAGGUGGAUGCUGUGUUGUCGCUGUUGGGUGGUUCUACUGAGACGCCACAGGGGAUGGAGUUUGCUCAACAGAAUCAUAUGCCUGUUGUGGAGUAUCAGAACCGGUGUAGCAAUCCGCAAAGGGCACAGUCCUUGGAAAGGUUUCGGAAGAAGAGGAAUGCUAGAUGUUUCGAUAAGAAAGUUAUUUAUGGUGUUCGCCAAGAAGUGGCUUUAAGACAACCACGUAAUAAAGGUCAGUUCACCUCUGCAAAGAUGACCGAUGGGGCUUAUAACUCGGGCACAGAUCAAGAUUGUGCACAGGAUGAUAGCCGUCCAGAAAUAUCGUGUACUCAUUGCGGCAUUAGCUCCACGUCUACACCGAUGAUGCGACGUGGCCCUUCAGGCCCUAGAACUCUCUGCAAUGCCUGUGGACUCUUUUGGGCUUCCAGGGGAACAUUGAGGGAUCUCUCUAAGAGAACAGAAGAGAAUCAGAUGGCAAUAAUACAACCUGGAGAGCUUGGGGGUUGUGAUGCCGAUGCUAACAACUCGAACUCUGAACCUGCAACUUUCGAAGAACACUCUGCCUUUGUUUCUCUUGCUAAUGGGGAUAGAUCUAAUCUUUCAGGCAGUCACUAA